GCUAUGAACACGUCUUUGACUUGAUUAUGAGAUGUUGUACUAAAGCAUCAAAUUUUUUGGUGUCAAGGUGAGCUAACCUAAUUUUUGGAUUUGGACACAGCUAAACUGCACAAUGGUUCAAGAUGCUGCCGAAAUAGCCGCAAUGUUUGUCGGCCUGAUUGGGCUGAUUGGGGCGGCGGCUACUACAGGGAUGCCCAUGUGGAAGGUGACAGCUUUCAUUGGGGAGAACAUAAUUGUGAUGGAAACCCGCUGGGAAGGCUUGUGGAUGAACUGCUACAGACAGGCCAACAUCAGGAUGCAGUGUAAGGUGUAUGACUCCCUGCUGUUCCUGCCCCCGGACUUACAGGCAGCCAGGGGUCUGAUGUGCUGUUCUUUGGCCUUGUCUGGGCUGGGGCUCCUUGUGGCUCUGGGAGGAAUGCGAUGUAUUUCCUGUUUUCAGGGCAAUGAUCGGGCUAAGACCAUUAUCCUAAUAGUUGCAGGUGGUAUGCAGUUCAUGGCCUGUAUCUGUGUCUUCAUCCCUGUGUCGUGGACAGGUCAUGUCAUCAUUAGGGAUUUUUACAAUCCUUUGCUAAUUGAUGCCCAGAGGAGGGAGCUGGGAGAGGCUCUCUACAUCGGUUGGGUAACCGGCGCCUUCCUUUUCGCCUCAGCCAUGUUGUUCGUCUGUCGCCGUAUUCCCUCAGACAAAGGCUCAAUUGAUGUAUACCACCCAGCCAACUUGCUCAGUUACAAGCAAGCACCCACAAAGCAGACUCCAAUGAGGUAUCAUCCUAUCUCGAGUCUUUCCAGUCUCCCAUCCACUGUAUACCAUCCUUCUCUGCUGAACAACGGCUCUGCUGAACAACAACUUGCAAUGCCACUGCAAAAUAUCCCUCAAGUAAUGAGAAAUGAUGGAGCACUAAUCAACCAACAUGUUGUCUACAACCCGGGACUGCCUGAAAAUGCAUCAUUGUUAUAUCAAGGUAGCAUGGCUCACCAUUCCUCUAUGCAGAGUUCUAACCAUGUUGGAAGCCUGUAUACGCCAGGCAACUCCUUGUACAUAAGCCAAAACACCACACCAUAUACACUGGCUUAUACCGGCAAUCCCACUGCGUCCUACCAGUCGAGUUUUCAUCCGGUUUCGCACACUCCUGUUUUCAUAGGAUAUAAAGCAUCAAGAAUUCCACCAGAAUCUCACAGUGGGAGUAGUGCUGGUGUAUAUAUAUAAAGAAAAAUGUUUGUUGCUUCUUAAACUUACCAACACCAAGAACUUUUCUUUUACAGUCGAUCAGCACAAGGUAAUUUAAACUGCUAGGGCAAGAUGAAGGUAAAUCAUGUUAUCUCUGCUUAUAUUAACUAAAUAGCUUUUUUGACUCUUUUUCUACUAUUAUUACACUUUUUAUAAUUUGUUUUGUCGAAAAAAUUGGUUAUUUGAUCAGCUUGAACAUAACUGCUGUUGUUGUUAGUGUAAAUAAAGGUGACAUUAUGCUGUUUUCAUUAAGCCCUGGUAUGGGUUUACUUUCCCAAAGUAGAGAGAUUUAUGAGAAACCAUCUGUUUGCAACACCAUAGCCUUAUGUUUCUUUGUAACCAUCUGUUCAUUAUAGUUUUUAAUCUGCUGUGGUUAUCAUUGAAUGUGUUUCAGUGUGUUUUGUUUUUAAUGUCUUUUACAAUCAAGAUAUUUUUACAACCACUCAAAUUUAAGCUAUGCGGUGCAGUAUAAUAAAAUUGCCUACUUAUAGUUAUUUUUCUAAUAGUUUGUAUUAGCAUCAUCAUUAAUGCUUAGUGAUUGGCAGGCACAGUUUGUAGAAUGCAGCAGUUCACUCAGCAACUUUGGGUUUGUGUGUAAUUUUUAUGUUCCCCUGGGGAGUUUUCCAAAGAUAUGCAGUUCAUGUAGAAUCAGAAUCUGUAUUUGCCCUAUGUUCGACUUGCAACCUAUUUAUAAUGUUUCCCUGUAUAUUGCAGAUGUUUGCUGCUAGGAUAGACUAUGUUGCAGUAAAAAAUCUAAAAAUUGAUGUCCAAAAUAAAAUGUUAGAAAUGCAAACAAUAAUAAAUGUCACUAUAUACAGUGUGGUAGCAGUAAAGGUGUUGUUUUAAAGCCUAUUCAAGCCUAUUUUUGGUGUAAAAAUGAACAUACAGAAU